GUACUCAAUCUCCGGUCCACGCUCUUCUCCUUCAUUACCGGCUGCCACUUGGAAUCGAUAGGCUUUUUCUGUUUCCGACGCUUGAUGGUCACCAACUCUCCAUCCUUGAAUUGGCCAUCUUCUCCAUAUAACGUUGGGUACAAGGCCCUGUGCAACUGUUGACUCAGGUCUGGCUUCCGUGUUGAUAAUCGCUGUUCACGCUUGGCGGGCAAUAUGGGUGUCGUGGGCGUUGCAUCGACAGCAACUGCAUCAGUACUCGCGAAUCGUUUACAUCGUAUGGCUCUGAAGGCGACACGCUGGGCUGCAGCCCGCGUGCAGGGUAUGGCGGCUGACAUUGGCGGGCGGAGGUGGAGUAGUCGACAUGAAGUUCAGCUUCAGGAAAUUCGAUGUCGCUUAUGUCAGCAUUCAUCCAUUCCGCACAGCUUGCAUUGAUUCGCUUUCCCAUCACAACCACAUGUUUCACUGAUAUCUUGCAUUUUUAUCUCGUCAUCGUAUGUGUCCAUGUAUCUUUUCAAACUAAAAUGUAUGCCAGACCACCGUUGUGCAGUGCACUGACCACAACCGGUGUGAACGUCGCUUGCACUUCCGUAUCGCUUCUAUCAAACAGUCAUGUAUCACCGCCAGUCCUGGUAUACUGCAGCGCAUCCGCCCAUGCUAAACAAAAAAAGGCAGCCCAAACACCAUGCUUGCGCGAGGUUAGGCAACAAAACCACGAGUGGACAAAGAUAACCAGACAGGCCCGCGGAGAGAACCCGGGACUUCCGUCUCAGGCACCCCAUAGCCAUGCAAUUCACCGCUUUUCUACCCCGAUACUCCAAAGGAAAGGUAAGGCCAGACGCCGUUGAGAUGCUACCGUCCGACGCCGAUGGAACUAAGGUGACAUGUCGAACCGAAGGAAUUAAAGUCGCGCCUGGUU